ACUUAGUGCAUUCGAAACUAACGCAAAAUGAAGACAACAUUUAGUUUGGCGUUGCUGCUCAGCUGUCUGACUGGAUUCUUUAUGGCCAGUUCCGCUGAGAAGGCUGCUGAAGUUCUCAAUGAUUGCAUGACUGAGAACGGUGUCAGCACACAAGACUUGAUGGAUCUAAAAUCGGGAAAAUUGAAGCCUGAAGAUGUCAAGGAUAACAUGAAGUGUGCCACCCAAUGCAUCUUUGUGAAGUUUGGAUUUAUGAAUGACAAAGGCACUCUGCUGAAUGACCAGAUAUUGGCGCAUUUCCCCGAUGCCAAUCUUAAAGCUCAGGUGCAAAAUGCCCUCACUGCUUGUGGCAGUAUCGUUGGCAGCAAUCCCUGCGACACAGCCUUCAAGAUGAUGGUCUGCUUUGAGAAACACGCCAAUGAUAUGUUGAAUAUAUAGAUUGCACUUGCAUAGAUUAACAGAUUGUCAAGCCAAUGCACUUAAAUCAGCAAAAUAAAUCGAAUUCAUACAGCAAAACAAGUUAAC